AUGCCAUCGUCUAACACUAGAACUACCAUAUUCACCUUGCCCGUGCCAGCCGCCGAUGCCGGGUCCAACACCCCUCAACCAACCCUACGAGAGCAGAUUGAAUCUUCCCUCAAGGGCACAACCGAUAUCCAAUAUCCAGGUGACAGGGAGGAAGAUCGGUCUUGGGGGUAUAAGAGGAGGAUUCCUACUUUAGUAUUGUACGAUGAGGAAGGUUUAAGGUUAUACGACAAAAUCACAUCGUCCGCUCCGGAAUAUUACCCAUUUCCAGACGAAUUACAUCUCCUCAAAGAGUACGGGCAAGAAAUUGCUCAGUCUAUGGGAUUCCCAUGCACUAGGAGACAUAGGAGAUCCCUAAGAGAUGAAAUAAAUAAUAAUGAUGAAGUACCGGACAAACCGUGGAAACCAGCCAAAUGGGGUGAUGCAGCUUUGGGGAGGUUCAACGAUGGUGUGAAUGGGGAAGAAGGUUUGGCAGGUGAAGAUGCAUGGAGGAAAGAACAGAAGGAAGGAGAAGGGUGGGAUGUAGUUGAACUGGGUGCUGGGGCAUUGAGAAAAACUGCUCAUCUCUUACUUGCCUUAUCGUCCUCUAUCAACCCUUCUUCCGAAUCCAAUACAGCAGCACCGAUUAGAUAUCACCCCUUGGACCUGUCCGAGCCCGAAUUACGCAGGGUUUUGGCUGAGAUGGAAGAUGGAUUUGGAGAUCAGUUGAGAGGUAAAGUGGAAUGUAUCGGUUUACAUGGAGAUUACGAAGCUGGAUUGCAAUUCAUCAGGGAAGGGAAAUUGUCAUCGCUCAAUGUAAAGUCAGAAGAAGGUUUAGGAUUACAAGAUAUCUCAUCUCAAGAUAACGAGAACUUCCCUACUCCGCCUUUCGCGCUGAUCGAUGAGAAUGACGGUAUCGCCAUACCCUUGAAGAAGGAUGAAGAGACCAAAGAACCCAGUCCACUACUUUCUCCUGAAUCGAUCAAUAUCGUCACUCCCAGAAGUGAGAUAUCAUGUUUACCAAGUGAAAUCACCGAGUCUACUCCUAGUUGCAACACCAACGACAAUGAUGCAGGCACUUGGUCACCUAUCUCUUCUGCCGAAUAUGACGAUCAUACUCAAUAUGGUACCCGUCAAGCUCAAGGUAACUCCGACAAUGUUACGGAAGUCAAAAGAUCUUUCUUGCACUCCACUUCCACAGUCGAUACGGAACCUUGCGGUAGGCCAUUACACCUGGUAUUUUUAGGCUCGUCAUUGGGCAACUUCGAUCGUGAAUCUGCAGCUCCUUUCCUCAGAUCACUACCACUGCGUAAAGGAGAUACUUUACUCUUAGGAUUGGAUGGAAGACCUACCCAAGGCAAAGAAGGAAAUAGAAAAGUAGAAGUCGCGUAUAAUGAUCCGUCAGGACAUACCAAGAGAUUCGAAGAACACGGUUGGGAUGUGGUCAAGAAAGAGUUGAGUCUAGGAAACGAUAAUCAAGUGGAAUUUGUCGGAAGAUAUAAUGAGGUUUUAGGUCGUCACGAAGCGUAUUUCAAAUCUACGAAUCAACAGACCAUCCAUCUACCUUCUUCAGACGAGGAUAUAGUCCUGGAGAAAGAUGAGCUGUUGAACAUAGAAUGGAGUUACAAGUAUUCGCUGUCAGAAGCCUUGAACCUAUUCUCCCAGGCCAACUUGAGAGUGGUAAAUAGUUGGAAAGCUCCCAAUUCCGAAUAUAGACUUUGGGUACUUGAAAGACCGGAAGUGAUCUUCGAUCUGAACUCUUCUUUUUCUUCCAAAUUGGCUUUAGAGGUAAUGGACAAUGCCCAGGAUGAAGAUGCAGUGGAGAGAGCUCAAGGGGUACCGAAGUGGAAUGAUUGGCUGGAUCUUUGGAAAUUUUGGGAUCAUAUCACACUCCAGAUGAUACCUAAAGAGAUGUUACAUAAGAAGCCAAUUGAUUUGAGACAUAUUUGUCUAUUCUAUCUGGGACAUAUUCCUACAUUUUUGGAUAUACAUCUGACUAGACUCACAAAGGGAUCUCAUACCGAGCCAGAGUACUUCAAGACCAUAUUCGAAAGAGGUAUUGAUCCCGAUGUCGAUGAUCCUACUAAAUGUCAUGAUCACUCGGAAGUUCCCAUGUCGGAAGAAGAUUGGCCAGUCCUUUCUGAGAUUUUGGCAUUCCGAGAUCGAGUUCGACUUCGUCUGAAAGGGAUCUACGACUCGCUAUCCUCCGGCCGAAGACCUUUCUCAAGACAUACCGGGAGAGUGUUGUUCAUGACAUACGAACAUGAGGCUAUGCAUGCGGAAACAUUGUUGUACAUGUUGGCUCAAUCUGAGAUGACCCGACCUCCAACAGCGGUCUCGACACCGCAAUGGGAUAUUUUGGCCGAACAAUGGAACUCGGAUCUUCAAGAAAACAAAGUUAUCACGAUCGAAGGAGGACAAGUCGAAUUAGGACAUAGAGAUCUAGAAGCUGACGAUAUGGAUCAUCCAACUAUCGACGGAUGGGAGACUCACGAGUUCGGAUGGGAUAAUGAGCACACCAACAUCGCUAAAUCAAUCAAGGGAUUCAAGAUUGACUCUUUGACUAUAUCAAAUUCAGAUUACCUAUCAUACCUCCAAUCGACCGGCAAAUUUUCGGGACUGAGUAAAGAUACCGCCCCUGCUUCAUGGAUGUACGACGAAACCAAAGGAGAAUGGAACGUUCGAUCAUUAUAUGGACCUUUAUCGUUUGAGGUAGCUGGUCGAUGGCCACUGAUGGCCAGUAAGUUGGAAUUUGAAGAUUAUGCAAAGUACAAGAAAGGUCGAUUACCUACAGAAGAGGAAUUAAGGAUGUUAUACGAAACCGAACAAGGACCUAGAACAAUUGGUGAGGGUGUAAACACAGGUGUAAAGAAUUGGCAUCCUACGCCACCGAUCAAUGCGACGACCGAUAAUGCCGGUAAGAUCAUUCCAGGACAUAAUGGCGGAGUAUGGGAAUGGACCGAUACACCUUUCAAGGGAUUAAACGGAUUCGUGCCUUCUGUUAUCUAUCCGGGGUAUUCAAAAGAUUUCUUUGAUGAUAAACAUUACGUUGUUCUCGGAGGAUCAUACGUCACUAUCCCUUCGAUAGCUGGUAGGAAAUCGUUCAGGAAUUGGUAUCAGGCCAACUACAGGUUCUCGUUCGUUGGUGCAAGAGUAGCUUAUGAUUUGUAA